GCGUGUUUUCGAUCGAGCAUGCACCAUAUCUAUUUAAUCUUUUUUUCGCCGAUAUGGAAACUAAAUAACGCUAAAUAAUUGAUACUAUAAACGUCGAUAGUUAAUUUGCCAAUACAAUGAAUGAAUAAUACAUGUAUAUGGAGACAGUAUGAAUAAGAUGGGAUGCGAUGAAGAUAUUUUGAAGUGUUUAGUGUUUUGGACCAAUUUUAUUUUGGCUCUAGUUGGAAUUUCGUUGAUCUCUCUUGGAAUAAUAUAUAAAAUAAAUCUUGAAGAACUAGCUAAUGCCAUACCAAAAGAAUAUGGAGAUUUAUCGGUGAUACCUGUUUUAACAAUUCCAUUAGGCACUAUUUUAAUAAUACUUGCAGUAUUUGGUUGUUAUGGAUGUUUGACGGAAAGAAUGAGAUAUGUUAUAUUGUAUAUUGCAAUAUUGUUGGUGAUUUUUGUACUGCAGCAGACUUUGGGAAUAAAUGCCUUCUGCAAAUUAAAAAACGACACUGUUUUUCGAAGUCGACUAGAUAAUACACUAUUAGACAUAUUUGAGCACAAUGACCAUGAUAGCAACAAAGCCGUAACCGAUCUUAUACAGCAUAGGCUAAAAUGCUGUGGAUUUAAUGGAUCUGAAUACUGGAAUAACAGAAUACCAAAAAGUUGCCACAAGACAGAUUCUUCUGACAUUUUUAAUGAGCCUUGCAACGAUGAAUUGUUUAAGUAUAUUAAGCAUUGUCAACGAGUAUUGGGAGUAUCAAUUACAUUACUGUCCAUUGCAGAGGUAAUAGCGUCAAUUGUUUCGCUUUACUUUGUGUACCACCUUCGAAGCAAAGCAACAGAGUUUGUUUUUAUCAAAGACUACUCCUUUCAAGACGAUCUUCUUUGACAAUAAUUGUUUCUACUCUCUGUUUUUUUAAUUAAAGUGUAAAGAGUCGAUGGACUCGAACGAAGGUUAAUGAAAAUUUAUUUUAUAAAUAAAAUAUUAAAUCUU